AUGGAAGAGAAACCAUUCUCAGAGUUCAAGAACAACGUUCAGUCAUACUCCAAAUACUACAUUGGAAUUGAUAUUGGUGGAACCAAUACAAGAGUCAUUGCAGGUUUUGAUGAGGGAGACAUUUAUCAUGUCCACAAGUUCCAAGCCAAUACCAUCUGCGAGCUUCUUAAGGGAUUGCAAGAGGCUGCCGCUAUGAUUGCCCAGGUCUACAACCAUCCACCAGAGAUCUGUUGUAUCGAUAUCGCUGGUCCAACAACUGACAACAAGGAGUAUGACAUUACCAACUACAACAGAGAGAAGAAGGAAUUCCAUGUUCUCACAAAGUGCGAUCUUCCAGUCUCCAUCUGCCCACCAUCUAGAACCCAUAUCAUCAAUGAUUUGGAGAGUGGCUGCUAUGGACUCGUCCACUUGAUUUCCUCCAAGGCAGAGCAGAGAUUCUUCAAACCAGUCAUCACUAGCGACGGUCCAAAGUGUGAGGGCUCACAAGUCAUUGUUGUCCUUGCCGCUGGUACUGGUCUUGGUGUCGGUCUCAUUCACCACCUCAAGCAUAAGGACAAGUACAAUGUGAUCCCAUCAGAGCUUGGACACAUCAAUGUCUCUUCAUAUGGUCCCAAUCAUCCACACUAUCAAUGCGAGUUGGAUCUGUUCAACAAGGUCAUUCCAACUCAUGACCCCAAGAGACAAUACGCUCUUGAGUAUGAGGAUAUUGUCAGUGGACGUGGUUUGGUCGCUUGCUACAACGCAUACAAGGCAGAGGGAGACAAGUCAUUGACAGGCGCAGAGAUCGCUCAGAUUGCCAUGGAGGACCCAUUGAAGGUGAACCCAUCGACAAAGGCCAUGCUUGCUCAUUACAGAUAUCUGAUAAGAGCUGCCCAAGAACUGUCUGUUGGUAUGCGUGCCACCACUACCUACCUGAUCGGUGACAACGUUGUCAAGAACUCCAAGUUUGUCGAUGCUGUCCAGGAUGAGUUGGUCAAGGAGUUCUUUGCCCACACCAAGGAGGCAUGGCUCAAGAAGAUCUCCAACCUCCAUGUCCAGAGUGAGCUUGCCAAUCUCAACCUCUAUGGAACACUCUACUUUGCCAGAAAUGCUUCCAAGGAGUAA